AUGGACAUGGGCACAAGUCAUAACAUCGCAGGAAGCGGUAGAAGACUUGUUUUCAGCGCCGAAUUUAAGCAGGCUUCAUGGAUUAACCAUGAGGCAUACUUUCGAAUUGUGGUUCCAGGGAUGUACGUACCGAGCUUCCUUCCGUUGAGCUUACAAAUUCUAAGCAAACGGAGUUCGGAUAAAGUGCUCAAAGAGCCAUUCCACUUGACGAAUAUCCGUGUUGAGUUGGUGGAAUUUAGCUGCGUACCAAGCAAAUAUACUGAAGCGACAGACAUCCGGAGUAUGGUGUUAAUUGAGAAGGAAACGUCCAUGGAGAUCAAUUCUUUAAACAGCAAGAUCUUGAUACCUUCGGCAAUGUAUGGCUGUACGAUUCCACAGAUUGGUCCUACGUUCUUCAUUGGGGGGUUCACUAGAACAUAUGGAUUGAAAGUCACGUUAUCGAUUUGCAGUAAAAGAGAUGCCCGUUUCAAUGUGUCUGCAUUUAUCGAACUUCACGUUGCGCAGGCAAGGCAUGAACGAAUCGACGCCAAGGACGUUGAUAAACUUCUUUUGCACUUUGUAGGGUGUAACGAGGACGAGGAUACCAGAGGCCAGCAUCUUUUCAUGAAAAGUUUACAAGAUUUCGAAACAAACAAGAAGUGUGUUUGCCCUAGCUGGGAGACCAGGGUGCUUGAUCUGCCUACUUUUGGGACUGGCACGGGCUUCGACAAGCCACACUCUGCCACAUGUAUAGUGGUUGAUGGUCAUGUCAUUGAAGCAAACUCGCCGCAACCUUUCUUACGAGCCAAGACUCUGUUCCCUUACCCGUCGUAUCCUAUUGGCGAAGAGAAGAUUCCACUUUCGAUCCGGGUUUCAUUAGAUGAGAACACGCAGUUCUACAAUUCAAGGGAAGGAUCUUAUAUCGGCAUCGCUAGUCCGGGAAUGGAGCUUAACAAAUUUAUCCAAUGUACAUUUAUUGUUGCCCAGGGCUUCAAGGAAGCAAGCCAAUUUCGACAAGUGGAUGACGUGGAAAUUUGUCUUGAACAGAUCUAUAUCACAUUAAAGGAGCUGAAGCUCGAGAAAGGUCAAAUCUCCUCAAAAAGAGUAACCUUGCUUGAUGAUCGCAAAUCAAGGUUUCUCAUAAGAUGGAGUGAGUUUCAAGAUGCAGUUGCUGGCAGUGAACGUGCUCGUGCAAUGACUAAUGAGGGGAGAAAUACAAAUGAAAACGAUCUUGCGAUCAAUAAUCCCCAGCCUUACGAUGAGGAGAUCUAUUUAUUUAUUCUCCAAAGCGAUGAUCCCGUUUGGGAUUAUUUAUACUGCCGCAUCAGAAGGCUUGAAGAGAAAAGGGGCAACAUGACUGCCAUGGAAGUCAGUGAACUUCAUUUCUUGCGAAACAUGGAUGCAGACUUACGGUGGGGGAGGUUUCUUGGUGGCGAAAUCCCAGGUCGGAUUUUCUUACGUUCUCAGUUCUACCGAGACAUUCUUGACCCAAGAAUUAGUGCCUUGAUCUCCAGAUCUUGGUCUGAGGACGAGGUGCUUCAACACGACGAUCCUGUCAAAUUUUAUUUGAUAUGGAGAUCAAAGAAGCAGUUGCGAGAGGAACGUUGGGCUGAACAUUGGGAUUUGGAUCCAAAUGCCAUUGUCCAAAUUCCGGAACUUGACGAGAUUAUUCGCAACUUACCGGUUCUCGAGACUUCAAGGUCCUUGAAGAAAAACACCAAGGCUUACCAAUGUUGCAACCAACUUCUAACGAACCUUCGUGAGUCUGAUGAAGUACUUUAUGAGCCAGAAAUCAGGUAUCUCAAAAAGUUGUUGGGAAAGUUUGAGCCCUCUCGUUUGUGGAGUCUAAUUCCUCCCAUUGCCCUUGCCGGUAACGCAAUCUGUUUCUUUGUUUCAAUCGCGGAGAAUAAACCAGUUGCAGAAGGACACUUCUGUUAG